GUCCAGGCCAAGGCUGGGCUGGAUCUGGCUGCCAUGUUCUCCCUGCUGUCCCUCCCCUCCUGGCUCCCGGGCCUCUCCUCCCUCGAGUGGGGCUCCGGCCUCCUCCUCGACUCUGUUCUGACAGGCCUCAUCGGGGCCUGCGGAGUCUCCGUCCUGAACAGCCUCCUGAAGGUUUACUUCUUCGUGGGCUGUGCCAACAACCCGGAAUGGCGGCUGGAAAAGGAGCGGCUGCAGGCCCGGUGGGCCUUGCUGGAGUCCGUGCACCUGCCUGGGCUGGCCCUGAUCCUGACCCUCGUGGGGCCCCGGGUGGCCUCCCUGGUGGUGCUGGAGUUCUCCCUCAGGGCUGUCUCCACGCUGCUGUCCCUGGGCAAGGGCUCCGGGAGCACCGAGAGGCUGCAGCUGUACCUGCUGGGCCAGUACUCGCUGGGCUGUGGGCUGAGCUGCGGCCUGAGCUUCCUGCAGGAGGGUGCCUCUCACCGCACGCUCAACCUGCUGCUGGGCCUCGGGCUGGCUGCGCUGCUGAGCUCGCUGGCCCAGCGCCUCCUCCGCCACAUCUGCCGCCUCUAUGAGCUGCACAGCAGCCAGCACUACUGUGGGGUCUGCCUGGGUCUGCUGGCCGGGGCGUGUGACCUGCCCCGCCUGCUGGGCCGCGCCCUGGUCGUGGCUUUUGCUGUGGGCGACCUGGCGGCCGUGGCCCUCAUCAACCGGGACUUCAUGACCACCUCGGAGGCUGUGCGCUUCUGGACGCCGCUCACCAUCUGCUACACCCUGCUGGUCAUCUACAUGCAAGAGGAGCAGCGGCAGCACCCUGGCCUGCAGAGCCAGGUCCAGACGGUGCUGGUGCGCAUGGGUGGCCUCUUCGUGCUGCUGCUGACCGUGGGCCGCUGGCUGGACCUUCUGGGCGUCCUCAUCUCCCUGCUGGGCGAGCUCUGGUGCCUGGUGGGCGUCCGCACCCUGCUUGACCUCUGCCAGAAACAGGAUUUUCCACCCCAGAGGCCUACUGUGUCAGCUCCAAGCCAGCCCCAGCGCUCGGCACCUGCCCAGACCCAGGGGACGGCCCCUUCCUGACCUGCCCCCCAGAACGGACUCCCGGACCCACCCAGGCUCACCUGGAGGCCUGACACCAGAACGGUGCCCGGAGGCAGGGGGCAGGUUUGGCCCCACCUGGAACUCGCACUGGAGCCCCUGAGAGGGAGGGGAGGAUUUGGGGUUAGGAGGGGGCACCUGGGGCCACUGGGUUCAUCCUUUACUGGGGUGGACAGGGGCACACAGUCCUGAGACCUGCCCCAGGGCCUCCCCCUACCGCCUUCUGUCCUCUCCUCAGACAAUAAAGGUGUU